AGCACAGCUUCAACCUCGUCCACCCAUCAACCACCUCUCCGCUCACACUUUCAUCUUUCAUCUGCUGAGGGAGCAGCACUUCACAUCAGCAGCGUCCCGAGCACCAUCACAAUGUUCAGAACCGCGCUCCGGUCGAGCGCUCGCGCGGCCGGUGCCAUUUCCGCCAGCAGCAGAUUUGCAGCGCAACGAACAACCCCAGCCGUCGCCACUGCUUUCGCUCGCGGAUAUGCCGCAGAAUCAAAGGCACAGCCCACCGAGGUGUCCUCCAUCCUGGAACAGAGAAUCCGUGGCGUGCAAGAGGAGUCUGGUCUCGCCGAGACUGGCCGAGUCCUCACUGUUGGUGACGGUAUCGCCCGUGUCUACGGCUUGAACAAUGUCCAGGCUGAGGAGCUGGUCGAGUUCGCCUCUGGUGUCAAGGGCAUGGCCAUGAACCUCGAAGCCGGACAGGUCGGUGUCGUGCUCUUCGGUACCGACAGAUUGGUCAAGGAAGGCGAGACUGUCAAGCGUACUGGAGAGAUUGUCGACGUCCCAGUCGGUCCUGAGCUUCUCGGCCGCGUGGUCGACGCUCUCGGUAACCCAAUCGAUGGCAAGGGCCCAAUCAAGACCAAGGACCGCCGCCGUGCUCAGAUGAAGGCUCCUGGUAUCCUUCCUCGCAAGUCUGUCAACCAGCCAGUGCAGACUGGUCUCAAGUCUGUCGACGCCAUGGUGCCAAUCGGCCGUGGUCAGCGUGAGUUGAUCAUCGGUGACCGUCAGACCGGAAAAACUGCCGUCGCCCUCGACGCCAUGUUGAACCAGAAGCGCUGGAACGUUGGUAACGACGAGACCAAGAAGCUCUACUGUAUCUACGUCGCCGUCGGUCAGAAGCGAUCCACCGUCGCUCAACUCGUCCAGACUCUUGAAGAGCAGGACGCCAUGAAGUACUGUAUCAUCGUGGCUGCCACCGCCUCCGAGGCCGCCCCGUUGCAGUUCAUCGCACCUUUCUCUGCCUGCUCCAUGGGUGAAUGGUUCAGAGAUAACGGCAAGCACGCCGUCAUCAUCUACGACGAUCUUUCCAAGCAAGCCGUCGCCUACCGUCAAAUGUCUCUGCUUCUCCGUCGUCCACCAGGACGUGAGGCCUACCCUGGCGACGUUUUCUACCUCCACUCCCGUCUUCUCGAGCGUGCCGCCAAGAUGAACAAGCACUUCGGCGAGGGUUCGCUCACUGCCCUUCCAGUGAUUGAGACCCAGGGUGGUGAUGUGUCCGCUUACAUUCCAACCAACGUCAUUUCCAUCACUGAUGGCCAGAUCUUCUUGGAGUCCGAACUUUUCUACAAGGGUAUCCGUCCAGCCAUCAACGUCGGUCUUUCUGUCUCCCGUGUCGGUUCCGCUGCUCAGCUCAAGGCCAUGAAGCAAGUCGCUGGUUCCCUGAAGCUCUUCUUGGCCCAAUACCGUGAAGUCGCUGCUUUCGCUCAAUUCGGUUCCGAUCUCGAUGCCGCCACCAAGCAGACCCUGCAGCGUGGUGAGCGUCUCACCGAGCUGCUCAAGCAGAAGCAGUACACACCUAUGGCCGUCAACGAGAUGGUUCCUUUGAUCUUCGCUGGUGUCAACGGUUACCUCGACAACGUUCCCGUCAACAAGAUCCUGAAGUUCGAGUCUGACUUCUUGAACCACCUCAAGACCAACGAGAGCGGUCUUUUGGAGUCGAUUGACAAGGAGGGUGCAUUGAGCAAGGAUCUCGAGGGCAAGCUCAAGGACGUUGUGACGAGCUUCCUCAAGAGCUUCUCGUAAAUCUAGACUUGUCCCCGGGGCGGGGUCGUGUAUAGUACAAAAGGCAAGCUUGAGCUCACAGUCAGAAGAGAAAUACGGGCAACAAGAUUGCUUUAGCAAGCGGGACGAUGCAGUGUAGAUAUGCGAAGAACUUUUCCUUUGUUUCACC